AUGGCCAUUCCACGCCAUCUGCAAUAUGAUACGUCAGAAGCAGUCUACCAGGAUGAAUGGGUCGCUUAUGUGUAUUCACCGGGAUUGGAGUAUUCACAAAGAAGUGUGGGGAGGGGCAGCAUUAUAACUCACCUUGGAUGGGUAUUGGGAAUGGGUGUGAAAAUCAUGAACCGUCACGAACGCGCAACCAUGCAUUGGACCUACCAUGACCGCGCAACUUUGGAAGAUGACUUCGAAGUUAUUCAUUCCCGUGAGAUUGGAGUGAAUUGGCACAGCAAUGUCAUCGAAACUCCGUGUUCCCCACAAAGGGGCUGCACCGCUCUGCUUGAGGGUGAUUCUGGGGCUCCCACAGACGACAUUCAAUUGGGUUUAGAUCCCAGCUCAGAGGGGUUCGAAGAGGAAGUAGAGGCAGACAUUGUGACGGAGCCCUUGCCUCAGAAGAAGAGACGGGUGAAGAGCAAGCUUUCAUGGGAGGGAAGAGGCAAUUUUCGGAAGGUGAAAACCUGUCCUGAUUGUGCUUUGAGGGGCAUAGAAGUUGCAGGAGCACCGGAAUUUCGGUCCUUGGAUUGCUUCAUGCCUGAUUUGCGUCACAGACUGAAUCCAUUCCACAUUAUCGAGAGAUGGGCCGAAACCCGACCAUGCGAUGCUCUGUUCCUGAGCGUUGCCAUGCCGACCUUCGCGUUCUUCACACGAAUGGCAUUCAUGACAUUGCCAUUGAUUACUGCAACUACCUGUUCGACUUUCAUGUUGCUUCGACUCCUACAUCACCUCACCCUCACCUCAAAGGCAUCCACAUAUGACUUCUACAGGGCGCUGGAGAAGGAGACGAACAAUACGGGGGUUUCAGUGCCCAAGUCGCGAUAUCGACAACUCCUUCGAACAAUCCUCCAAUUCCGGCACCUGAAGAUGUUGAAGAGGGGUGGGGUGGCUCACAAUGUUGAUGUGGCAAAGGAUCCGUUAGGGAUUGAGUCAGUCAAGCCUGGCGCACUUGCAGUGCUCUGCCCACAUUGUCCAUACCCAGGGAUCAACCUUCCUGAAGGCUGGGAGAAAGCACCAGAUGAUUCUAAAUUUCUCUACUAUAUCUUCUACUGCAUGGAUGCCAACUUUCGACUUAAGAAUCAACUUGUCUCGUCAUACGCUAGUGACCCUGGGCUCAGAAUAGGGAUGGCUUACAUGGUGCCCAGGCGUGGCUAUGAGGAAUAUGUUUUGAGUCGUGCAAGUGAUGCGGAUAUCAGCACCUGUGUGGGUUUUGCUGCCUUGGCUAAGGCCAACACAAAGUUUGCGAAAGGCUUGAGGUACACUGGGAUUCCCGCAUUCCACAAGCCAGCGCAUGGCCAAGCUAGGCACCAGGAGUAUUCAUGCAAGUUGUCCCCAGGCAUGGACAUGACGGAUGGCAAAUGUCCUGAGAGGAUCUGGGCAGCACACAACAUGCUUGGAAAUGCAAUGAAGACACAAGGGCCAGGUUCAUGCCAUGAUGUUAUUGACGACCAUCUUGGCUUUUGGAAUUGGUGCAAGUAUACCAGUAUGGUGGGACAGAGUGCCAUUUCCGAAGAAGGCGAAGAACCCAUUCAUAACUGGGGGAAAAAUCUAACUGAGGCGCAGAUUAGGAAGGAUCUAGCGGAUGAGGAGGAGGACAGACUAGACAAAGGGCUGGAGUCCCCAAAUGUGAUGAACAUGUCUUCAUUUGUCAUUCUGGGGCUGGAACUAGAGGAAUCCCAGUGUCGCAUUCGUGAAAUGGCCAAGUCUAAGGCUGCAACAGGAACCUCCCGCCAGGAGUCGUCCUUAACGGAGCUUCGGAAUGUUUUACGUGCCAAGAUCAGAACCUGGGAGAGAUUACGAGACGUUUACAUGCCUGGAGUUCAUUCCCUCCAGGUCUUGCAAGAUCAGCAUCCAACUUCCACCGUUCGAUCCCAAGAAUUCCGACCACCCUCUGCCACCAAUCACCCAGAGGACAUUGACCUUUGGCUCCCAUCAACACUCUCUGCUGCUUCAUGGGCCUCCAUUUGUCCACCAUGGCUCUCGAGCAUUGAGGAGAAACUACGCGUGGCGCAAUGCAAUGAUUCCUUGGACAACAUUCACCAAAUUCUUCGCAUAAAGGCACGGAUGGUCCUUUUCAAACACAAGCAUGUUAGGGGGCAGAGAGAGGGAAUGAGGUCGCAGGCUGUAAUCGAUCGCAUACAUGCAAGUGCGCGGGUGGCAGUGGAGAGGUAUAGACAUGCAAGGCUGGCCAAAAUGUCACUCUCAGGCCCAGGUGAUUGGGAAAAGGGCCUCUGUCCCCUUCUCGACUCGGAUAUCCGAGCAUACCAAGAUUUGAACAAAAUGAAGGAGUACGUUGGCCAGAAGGGAAUGAAUGAGGUGGAGUCAGAUGAGGAGGGAGGUGAUAGAGUCCAGCCCCCCAACUUUCGUCGGCGGAAGGAUGGCACAGGAGAGACUCGUCGGACUUUGUCAUGGAUCUGGGUUGUGGAGGGAUUUAGGGUCAGUGAGGAUAGCGCAGAUGACAACAUCUUAUGGUCGGAAUGGGCGAAGAGCCACGCACGGGCAAAACGUACCACAGAAGAUGUCCUUCUCCUCUGUGAGGAGAUGAGGCGAACAGGGGAGUUCCUUGCAUGGAAAGCAAGAUGGUGGGAGGGCAAAGCAAAUGCAAGGAGAUGCACAGACAAAUCACUGGCUGAGGGCCUCUGUGGUUAUGCCCUUGAGCAGGCUGCGCUCCAAAAAACGUUACGGGCGAGUUUCCAAGCUAUGUGGAAAGGGCCCUUGGAGGAUGUCAAGGAAGAGGGGAGUCAGGAAGAGGAAGAGGAUCUUGAGGUUGAUGAAGACUGCAUGGAUGUGGAUGAAGGUGAGGGCGAUGAAGAAAGGGAUGUUGACAGUGAGGAUGAUGCGCCAGGGACAAAUGAAGAUUAUGAAGAGGACACCGAUGGCGAAGAGUCAUAG